AUGGCCUCCGACGCGCGGCUCAGGCCGCGCGGGUGCGAGCUGUGCAGCGCCACGCACCGGCCGUUCCUGUGCGCGGACUGCGUGAACGGCGGCGUGCUGGGGGACGGCAAGGCGGCUCUACUGGCGCUCAUCAGGCGGAGGGACGAGCUGCUGGGCCGCCUGAGGGAGAAGAUGGAGAGGCAGGAGGCCCAGCAGCAACAGGAGGCAAAGAGACAGCUGCACCUUUUGGAACUGCGCCACGUGUCCAAAAGGGCGACGUCUGCUGAACAGAGGCUGAAGCGUGUCAAGUCUGCCGUGGUGGUGCUCCGCAACAGCAGCGACGCCCGGCAGGUGCACCUUGACAAGGCCUCCACCCAGCUGCUGGAGAAGCGGAAGGAGAAGUUGCACAGAUAUUUUCCUACCCAUGCCCGUGUGACGCAGCUCACCUUCAGCUGCCUGCAGUCCUCCCUGGAAGAGGAGUGGUGCGCAAAAGUCCGCCAGCUGCUGGAGGUGCUGCCCUUCCGGAUAAACGCCCUGAGGUCGGGGUCCAAGGCGCCCAUACAAGUCACUGUGUGCAACCUGCAGCUGCCCAAUGGCCGUCUCACGGUCGUGGACCCGAAGCAGAAGCCAGAGACUCUGGAUGCUGCCCUGGGAUACGCCCUCCUGCUGUUGGACCUGCUGGGUUUGUACAUUGGCGGGCCAGUGAUCCACCAAUCAAAUUUCAAGGGCUCGUAUUCGUCUAUCUGGCGGCGAAGGACGUUCUGGGACUGCAGACCAGUUUCCACUGGUGACGUGCUGCCACUGCACUUGGGCAGGAACGCCCCUACCCAGCUGUCCAGCAGCACAUGGCCCUCCAGCUCUGGCGAUCAGUGCCUGCCCCACCGGCAGCGACAGGUUGAGGCCGCAAUGCACCUCCUGCACCGCAGCAUCGGCGCCUUCGCCAGUGACCAGUUGGGCCCGUUGGGCGCCAAGCUGCCCGAAGGCUGGAGCCCCUUUGCAUCUCUGGCUUGGAUUUGCUCAAAGGUGGCAAGGGAUUCAUUGCGAGGGGCGCUCCAGCAGCUGGGUGCCCUGGCAGCGGCGGAUGGCAAGGUGGGCGGCGACGGGAAUCAUGUGGUGGGCGAAGACGCACAAACAAGCACGAGCCUGGACACGACCCAACUUCUGCUGCCCGACGACGACGAUGAGCAGGUGGACGCCGACGGCUGGUGCUGCAUCCGGGGAAACUUCCUGCCACCGCCGCCCUCCAAGCCGGACGACGUGGAGCACUGGGCGAAGGCCAUGCUGUCAGAGAACAGGGGCGGCUGGCAGCAGGCGUUGCGGGUAAACCUGCUGCGCGCGCUGCCGGGAGCGCCGGGCGCCUGGCGCGCUCUCAACGGCGGCUGA